CACUGGUGGGCGGUCCGUCAAGCCCGCUAUCUGGAUAGAUGCAGGAUGAGAAGCCAGCUGAUUACUAUGACCUGUUUGUGCUGGCUGAGGAGGCAGCAGCAGCACUGAAGGCAGAGCGGGGAACUGAAUACCUUAUUGGGACAGCACCAGAGCUUAUAUACCCAACAACAGGAAGUUCCGAUGACUGGGCCAAAGGUGUAGCAGGUGCUAAGUAUGCCUACACAGUGGAGCUCCCAGAUACAGGGACACACGGUUUUGUCCUGCCAGCAGACAAUAUCAGGCCUGUUGGGAUUGAAACGUGGGCCGGAAUCCGCACCAUGGCCCGUCGUCUUGCUCAGUCAGUGUAGAAACGUGGUGAAACAACUUCAAGGGUCAACUAGCCAUUGAGCAUUGUUGGAUUUUACAACUUUCAAAUCUUGGUGCAAAGUGUUAAACCUAUAGUGCAACUGACAAUUACUGUCUUCUUACAUGACCAAUUGUCUUUGUGAAAAUGCCCUACCUGCAAGUUACAACAUAAAACCUGACACCAAACUUCCAAGAGUCAUAGUACUGGUUGUACACUGUACGAGCCUGUCCUACAUGGAAUGCAGACAUAUACAAUAAAGAUAGUUGAUUUAUGUGACUGCACACAUGGUGAGAUUCCUGUUUCAGACAAGUGAUAACCUGUGCACCACCUCAAAUAACAGUGUCUACACAUUGCAAUAUUAUAUGUGCAAGGAGAGCUAUUGCUUUAGUGUAAUAUACACCACCUCUUGAAAUUCUGUGGCAACAACUAUUACCAGUCAUGCCAUUUAUCUUAUGCUGAGACACAGCAAUAAAUGUGACACUAUAGCUGCUCACCAAAGUUGCAGCUGGAGAUAAGAGAGUGUAAGAAACAUAAUGAUAGAAAGAAAUGAGAAUGUGAUGUGGUCACACAGACAGACCUGCAGCUGCUUGAGCUCCUGGCACAGGCGCUCAUUGUCGCGCUGGUAGUUGACGAUUAUUUGCUCCUGGCGCUGCAUUUCCUCCUCCAUCAAUGCCAUCCUCACAUCUGCUCUCUGCACACUCUGCUCAGAGUCGGGAGCAGGAGCUGCAGCCUCCAUUCCUGAUAUCUGUAAGCAGUUCAAGUUGCCUUAUUACA